UUGCUGUGGUGCUGGCUGAGCAGGGAAAGGGGAAAAUUCUGCCCAGGGUUGCUUAGCCUAUGCGCUUCCGUGAGGGACUUCUGUCUCGGAGCUCAGCGAAGAAUUUCAGCUGGGAUUUCAUUAUGGGGGCCUCAGCCUGGGGCUUUCCGAGUGUCCUUGGACUGUAGGAUCUUUUGCAGGGUCUCUGGUUUCUGAGACCGGGCUUUCCAGUACUGAAUUCCCCAACUGUUUUUAUUUUAAUUAUUCUAAACAACAACAGUAGCAGCCCUUCUGACAAGAUUCCUAAUUAGCCACCGUAAUGGGGUGUGAUGGGACCCUCUGAUCCCUCCUGAUCAGGCUGUGUCCUGGUCGCGUGGCGCAGUGUUGGGAUGGCUAGUGACAGCAGGGGCGGUCCCCUCUUUUCCGAAUCAGCGGAGGCGGAAACUUGACACUUCGAACUUGGGAGUGGCUCUCUUCUUUCCUGGUGCUUAAAAACUUCAGCCUGGAGGCUCCAGCUCAGCUCGCCACAUCCCACCUCACUUCCCCGGGUUGGUUUGUGAGGACGUCAGCUCCUGCUUUGCAGUACUGAUGGCAGCAGAGCCACUGAGUGAACUGGAGGCGGCCAUCGAGACUGUGGUCACCACUUUCUUCACCUUUGCAGGGCGGGAAGGACGGAAAGGCAGCCUGAGCCUCAAUGAGUUUAAGGAACUGGUCACCCAGCAGUUGCCUCAUUUGCUAAAGGAUGUGGGCUCUCUGGAUGAGAAGAUGAAGAGCUUGGAUGUGAACCAGGACUCGGAGCUGAAGUUCAGUGAGUACUGGAGACUGAUUGGGGAGCUGGCAAAGGAAAUCAGGAAGGAGAAAGCCCUGGAGAUCCGGAAGAAAUAAAGCCUGCUUGUCAGAAGAAGUGCACGUUCUUAUACUCUAUCCAGAUUCCUUUUCUGGACACCAGGAAGUGGGAAAGCUCUGUCUUUACCUGAGGUGAAAACAUGAAAAUCAAAGACACUUUGAAGGCAAGGAAUGAGAUUCAUCCUCUCA